CGGAGCGAAGGAACCCAGACCCCGGUACCGGUGAGCAGAUCUGCCCGUUAACUUGACUUCUUUCCCAUAACAGCUCGAGGAGGAGAAGAUCGGGACGAAGGGGUGAGGGGGGGACGAGGACUCUUCCGCUCCUAGAAAACCGUGUGGCCGAGGUGAUUCGGUUGUCGGUGGUGGUCGGACCGCAACGGGCCGGCGUGAAGUGGACGCCCCCACCUCCUCCCCUGUCCCUUCUCCUCUCUCCUUCCUGAAAACCACCAGCGACUGGUAUUUACCGACAAAACCAGCGGCCAAGAUGGGUCACUCACUGUGAGUGGAAGCGCCAGACCAGCGUUGCAGGAGGAGGCGGCGGCCUUGGGCAGGUCUAUUCAGCCGGGAAUGGUGUGAAGUGAGACGGUCAGGCAGUCUGGAUCUGACCGGGGACCCGUCAUUCCCCCGGAGCCUCCGCGGCUCCAAGCCGCGUCCUGAGCCCUCCAAGAUGGGGAAGUGCGACGGCAGAUGCACGCUGCUGGUGAUAUGUUCACUGCAGUUGGUGGCAGCCCUCCAGAGGCAGGUGUUUGAUUUUCUGGGUUACCAGUGGGCUCCCAUCCUGGCCAACUUCCUGCACAUUAUGGCCGUCAUCCUUGGCAUGUUCGGCACUGUGCAGUUUCGCUUCAGAUACCUCAUCUUUUAUGCAGUAUGGCUGGUCCUUUGGGUGGGCUGGAACUCCUUCAUCAUCUGUUUCUACCUGGAGGUUGGGAACCUGUCUCAGGACAGGGACUUUCUCAUGACGUUCAACACAUCCCUCCAUCGUUCGUGGUGGAUGGAGCAUGGUCCUGGUUGCCUGGUAACGCCUGUGCCAGACUCUCAUAUGGCCCCUGAUGACCACCAUGUGAUCACUGUCUCCGGGUGUCUCCUUGAUUACCAGUACAUCGAGGUGUUGAGUUCAGCCAUUCAGAUCCUGUUGGCUCUCUUUGGCUUCGUAUACGCCUGCUACGUGAGCAAAGUCUUCCAGGAUGACGAGGACAGCUUUGAUUUCAUUGGUGGUUUUGACUCUUACGGCUACCAGCCUCCUCAGAAGUCCUCUCAUCUGCAACUGCAGCCUCUUUACACGGCUGGUUAAUUGUUGGUAGCGCCCCCUUCAGGCCAAACCCUGACGGCGUCACUGUGGAUGGAAAUCGGCGGUCGCCCUGAUUACACUCACUCUGUGUGUCACAGUUUACCCGAGGAAUGGACUUAACCCCACCCAGAGGGAGAGACGUCUGUGUGUGUGUGUGUGUGUGUGUGUGUGUGUGUGUGUGUGUUUGUGCAUGUGUGCUUGUGUCUGAGAACGAGAAAUACAGCCCUGAUUAGAAUGUACAGAGCUCAGGGAAGAACCAGCAUGCCAGGUGGUGUGAGAAGAUGAAGGAGAAGCAGGAGGCAGGGGAGGGGAGAUACAGAGAACAAGAGCUGGGGACACCUCUGUCAAAUCACCGAGGACACACUUCACUAAACUGCCAGCUCUCAACACUCCCACAAGUGUGUUCGUGUGUUCGUGUGUGUGUGUGUGUGUGUGUGUGUGUGUGUGUGUGUGUGUGUGUGUGUGUGUGUGUGUGUGUGACUAUGUAACUCCACAGGACUAGAUGGUGCUUUGUGGUUGCACCCUGGACUCUUACCACUCAGUGCCGUCAUGAGUUUUGUUUUUUGGGGUGCUAGUGUGUGUGUGUGCGCGCGACUGUG